GCCUUUCACAUCCAAGAUGGCUGCCAUGUAGGUGGAACAUUCAAGAUCUGCAGCUGUGACAGUGUCAAGCUAACUGGAUGGUGGUUCACAUUAAGCUCUACUGCAUGGUGCUCGGACUCCUCGGCUCAGCACUCUUCAUCAGUCACCCUUAAACUCACGAGGACGCCUAAUUAGCCAGCAGCAGCACCUGUCCCCACCUUCACUGAAGAGAUGCAGGGGGUGGGCAGUUCCCAGAAAGACUCUCAGCGGGCCUUCAGCGUCCUUGAUCGUCUGCUGAUUACACAUCCUGUGUGGCUCCAGCUGUCACUCAACCAAGACACCGCCCUCUACAUCCUGCUCAGAGAGCCAGUUGGGACCUUUUUGGUGCGAAAAUGCAGCUCCAGCCAGAGGAAGGUGCUGUGUUUCAGGGUGACAGCCGAGAAAAGUGCCUCCUCUGUAAAGGAGUGCUUCAUCUGUGAGGAGGACUCCACAUUCGCCUUGGAGAGCUCAGCACUCAGCUUCCCUGACCUGUGUCGACUCGUGGCCUUCUACUGCAUCAGCAGAGAUGUGUUGCCCUUACCUUUGGAGCUACCUGAUGCAAUUGCCAUGGCCACAACACACAAGCAGCUGGAGGGCAUCUCACACAUGGGACAAGAUUUCUGGAACGCUCCGACUGCUGCAGAGAUCCAAAAUGGACCGGUGGAUCCGAUUCCUUCUACCAGCAGUGGCAGCCAGGUUCCGAAGACGCUCACCCUGGAUCAGUGUACCCUACUGACACGAGGCAAACAGGGCAAACUCUGCUUCAUCAACCCGCUCUUCCUUCAGCUGGAGGUGGCCAGGCCUCAACUCGUAAACCACAGUGCCUCUAAUAAACGGCACCGCUUCAAGCGCAGCAUGCGGCUCCGGCUCUCCGAGUCCUCCAUGAAUCUGUCCCUGGAGGGGAUCGGCUCCUACUCCCCUCCCUCGUCUUUGGAGCUGCCUGGCCAGUUGGAGAGGCUUCAUAAAACAGGCACCAAUCAGCAGCGAAGAGUUCACCCCGGGGCUGGGGUCCUGAGGAGAACCCCCGCCGUGUCACCUGGUUCAGCAGAUGAAGAGGACACGAUCGCCGUCUAUGUGCAACAAACAUCUUCAAAGGUGGAGGAUCCUUCUCAGCCCCAUCAGGCCGCCAGAGGAGCAGAGCCAGGCACCGAGGUGACAGCUCUGGCCCUGGAACGCCGCCCGGCUCCAUCCUUGGCUGAGCUGGACAGCAGCAGCUCCUUCAGCAGCAUGGACGAGGACAAUGACUCAGAUUCAGAACCGGAAAGCAUGGCCAGAGCCCAAACUCACAUGUACCCACGCCCACCGUUGGUGCGCUCUCGAGGCCGUGGUGGGCUGCACCGUAUGAGCGAGGCAUUUGUGUGUUUCUUCGCUCCGGACAAGCGACUGACACGACUGGUUGAAGACCUCUCCAGAGACAGGCGCUCCGUCUUCGGGGGCAUGGUUCAGGACUUUGUCCUGGCACAAAGAGAGGUGCUGAAAUCCAUGGCAUCCUCUUCGUCAUCUUCGUCUUCACGUGUGACCUCUGUGCAGCUUCUGCAGGGUUUGCGCCUCUUUUUGUCCCAGGCAAAGUGCUGCCUGUUGGACAGCGGAGAGCUGGAGCCUCCCAUUGAAACCCUGGUGCCAGAGAAUGAGAAAGACCUGGCGUUGGAGCGGGCCAUGUUCUCCUGUGUGCUCAGGCCUCUGAGGUCCUGCCUUGAUAAAGCUCUGGUGGAAUUGCACAAUCAAGACGGCUCCAGCCAGCGUCUCAACCAAAACCUGCUCCAGCUGAAGGGCGACGCAGCCAUGGAGCGGCUCGGUGUGAGGACAGGCGUCCCUGACAGCCGCGAGGUGGAGAGGGUGAAGCAGAAGCUCAUCCUAAUGCAGCGAACGCACUCGCCCAUCGACAAGGUGCUGUUGCUGCUGCAAGUGUGCAAGUGCGUCCACAAGGCCAUGGGGUCCUUACACGGACAUGAAGUGAGCUGGGAUGACUUCCUGCCGUCGUUGUCUUACGUAAUUGUGGAGUGUAACCGGCCUCACAUUCUGAUCGAGGUGGAGUACAUGAUGGAGUUACUGGAGCCCUCCUGGCUUGGAGGAGAGGGUGGGUACUACCUGACCAGCGUGUAUGCCAGCCUGUGUCUGAUCCAAAGCCUGGACAAAGACCAGCCGAUCUCAGCCUGCCUGACACCGGAGGCCCAGGAGGCGCUCAAAGAGUGGAGCAGCAGACGCAGCCGAGAGGCUCAGAGACAAAAGGAAAACCAGCAGAACCAAAGGUGCGUUCGGAUACUGUUCCAGGACGGGGAGCGGAGCGCCGUGCGGACGUUGCAGUGGAACGCCGGUGAAACCAGCCAGGCCCUGGCGCAGCUGUGUGCCUCCACCUUCGGAGUGUCCGACCCGCAGCAAUACACCCUGUACUGGCGCAGCGGCGGCGAGAUGCGGGCCCUGCCGCCUCAGGCCCAGCCCCAGGACCUGGCCAGCCACAGCGAGGGAGGCCCCUCGCUCUCCUACCUGAGGACCGACCACGACUUCAGCAAGAUGCGGCGGCUCACCAGAGGUGGCGCCGUGGACCUGAGCGAGUCGGUGUGUGAGGAGUGAGUGGGAGGAUUGGAGGGAGGAGGGAGGAGGAAGGAGGAAGGAGGAGGAGGAGAUGGAUGGUUGCGCUGGCUUUCUCUCUCUUUCUCUCUCUUGUUCUGUCUCUUUCUCUCCGGCGGUGUGUUGUGUCUCAUCGUGGGUCAGGACUUGUUGUGAAAAACUUCAGCCCUUCUCCAGAGCAGGAGCAGACCUUAAACGGUAAACUCUUCCCUAAAUGGACCAACAUGCAGAGCACAGCAGGACCAACACAGGGACUGUUGCCAAAAGUUGUACUGUGCAGCACUCAGUGUGGCUGCUGCUGUAAAGGAGUGUGCUAUUUGUGACAUGGAAAAUGUGUAAUAAAUGGAUUUGAUUGUAAUCAGAAACAUGAACCCAGAGUUAUACCAUGAAGUGAUUACAUCAUCCGAACGUGAGGAGGCUCAAAUCCAAAGACAAAUUCUGUGAGACUACUGUUGCCUGGAAACAAAACCACUUCCUGUACGCACAGGAGAAGGCAAACUGUCCACCUUGGUGAUGUAACCCUUUCACUGUAUAGUUCUGGGCCAAAUCUUAAAGACACUUGGAUGUUUUAUUUCUUUACUUCUACGUGUUACAGUCUGCAAAUCUUGAUGGAACCUCGUUUUUUAAAGGGUUUGGGGAUACAAACCUUUCUGUGCCCCCUUUGAAUACAGCUUGUCAAAAAAGGCUGAUGCGUUACAGCCAAGACCAAACCUUAAUACCAAAGUGACAGACACAGAAGAGAGAUAGACGCCAUUUUUGAUUCAACAGGUGUUUACUUUGAAAGAAAUCAGGUUUACAAGCUUAAAGGAAGGUUUUAUUUUUAGAUUCACCCACAGAGACUAUAUUUAUUUUUGCUUUUUUGAGAAAAAGCGCAGCUCUCCUCCGUUCUCGCGUAUUCUAUUAAGUGUUUUUGGCAGGUGGAGUAAUGAGCGAGUAGGAGGGAGGUGAUAGAAAAGCAUCAGCUCUGUGGUUUUUUAAAAACCAUGUGAGAAGAAAGAAAAUCACAUCCUCGCUCCGAGACAACCUGCAACAGAUUUACUGAAUGACUUGCGAAUGUAUUAAUCUUUUUUUUUUUUUGCCUGUUGGAACUUAAUCCUUUCACAAACACACUCAUCUCAUGUUCAAACCACUGCUUUUGAGUUCUUCUGUUUCUCUUGGCCGUGAUGUAAAAUAAAACUGCGUUACAACCGGACUGAGAGGACAGUCGGACCGAUGAACCAGCACCUCCUCGUGCCUGGUUGAAUGUACAUUUUUAAAAGUCACCAGCUUCUGGGCGACUCCUGCUGCAAGUCAUCACUACCACCAGACUGUUGAAUCAGCGUCAUCCUCGAUGAUCAUAUUGUGUAUUUAAAGCUAACUUUGAAUUGUUCAAUUUGUUGGGUAGAUAUCAAACCUAAGUAUGGAUUUUUAACCAGCUGAGGAGGUUCAUUUUUGAGAACUUUUAACGUGUUUUGGACAUUAUUGCAUGCUUAUUUCAUUUUAACGUAAAGGUUCUGCGAAUGUGGUGUGUGUGUGUGCGUGAAGCAUGUGUUCAAUGUGAGAGCUCACUAUUUAUUUUCAGUGUGGAAACACAAAUCUGUAUUUUUUUUGUCAGGUAACUCAGUAUCGCAAUAAAAAGAAUUGCAAUAUCUGUUCACAA